CGUUCAAGUCGGUGCGGAUAUAUUCAGAUAUUCAUCGUAGUACUGUAGUAGUAUCUGACGCUUUAGUGGGGUUUUACAGUUUUAUAGUUUUUCGUCGAUAUGAGUUCUACUAGGAAGACGGGAAAAUCUGUCGGAUCAAAUGGAUCGUCUUCAACGAGUAAAACUACGGGUACAAAAGUUCCAAUGCGUGCCAUGGGCAACGGAACAAACAGCCAAUCCUCUUCACUGUACCAAUCCAAAUCCAAAACUCAGAGUCAAGAAGACUUGACCAAAGCAAAAGAUCGUGCUUCUUCUCGCCCGAAGUAUUCAUCAGGCACUCCGUCGUCGUCAUAUAAUUCCACCCGUCGCCCAGCAACAUCGAAAGAAGGGCAAAAAUCUUCUGUUGAUCGUUUAUCACGUGAUAAAAAUCGUCCGUCCACUGCGUCAUCCACUGUAUCCAAAACGUCUUCAUCUUCAACGACAAGCGCUAGAAGUACGGCGGCCUCUCAGAGGCGAAAGGAUUCUGCAGCGUCAAUUUCUCGCGUUAAGCCUGAUGACAAGUCAACCUUGGAAGCCAAAAUAAAGGAUUUGAUGGCGACGGCGAAAGGGAAAGACUCUGAAAUUAAAUUACUGAGAGAAAAAGUAGAAAGCAUGAGUCAAAUCAUUGAACAGAAACAAUCCGGUGCAGAAUCCAAUGACGAAGCCACAAGUAAUUCCACUGAAUCUCCAGAACCUGGUGCUCCUUUAUCACCACUGUCCAACACUAAUUCCACUGAAUCACCCAACACUGAAGAAGUACAAUCACUGAAGGAUGAAAAUUUGAAGUUGAGAGAACAACUUGACGCGAUGAUGCUUUCAAUGAGACAAAAAACUGACACUGAAAAAUCAUUGAUGCUUUUGCACAGACAGGCUGCUAAACAUAACAUGCAUGGUGCUGAUACAGAUGCUUCUUCUCAUGAUGGAGAUGCUCUUGGUUCUUCCAUGGAAGAUCUUGCAUCUGCUAGCGUAUUUCCUGUAUCAAGAGGGACUUCACAAUUUGGAUCUUCUGAAAAUCUAUUAGAAGUUGGAAGCAACUGCGACACUCACUCAAGCAGGGCUGAUGACAAGCUUCCACCUUCCUCUGAUGGAAGUGAAAAUUCAUCUGCAGCUGCUGUAGUUUGCUUGACAGAGAAAAUUCAUAGAAUGGAAGAAAGUCAAAUUAGUACCAAUGAGGAAUUGGAAGCAACGGUUCAGGAAUUGGCAGACUUGCAAAAAUCGGUGCCAGAAUUGACCACUGACAACACUCGUCUCAGACAAGAAAAGCAAUAUUUGAUGCAGAAGUUAUGUGAAACAGAAAAGAGACUAGACCAGAAGGAAUCUGAAGUCCAGCAUUUAAGGGUUAUUCUGAACGACAGAUUGAGGGAUGAUCCUGACAAACCAUCAGUCGAACAACAAUACAUGCAAUUGUUGGAUGAAAGAGAGCAUUUGUUAGAUGUUCAAGAUGAAACAAAUGCACGUUUACGAAGCACUGAACAAAAAGUAAAAGAGACUCAUGUUCUUGCAACAGCACUUGAAGAACAGAACAGAAAAUUAGAACGUGAAAUGGCAUCACUCACUGCAGAGAGAAACAGGCUUGAAAAAACUAUUCAGGAUUUCCGUGAGUCUGGUUCCGAUAGAAAACACAGUGUAACCAUUCAACACCUUGAAGAUUGUUUGCAUCAAGAGAGAGACAGAGUUUCUGAAUUAAUCAAGAAACAAGCUGUUAUGGCUGCUGGGGAUGCAGGCUCUAGUGAGGAAUUGGUCACCUUGUUGGAACAACUAAGAAAUGAAAAACACGAUAUUGAAGAGAAAUACAUUCUAGCAGAAGAAGAAGCCGGUCAAUUGAAGGAAGAAAAUGAGAAGUUAGAUGAUAAAGUUGCUGAAUUAGAAGAGGAAAUUGAAGCUGCUAGUGCUAAAACAAAGAAAGAUCUUUCAGAAUUAUCUGAAGUCAUUGAUCACCUUCAAGAAGAAAUCAGGUUGCGCGUCGUUGAUUUAGAAAACGCAAAAGAGACAAUUUUUCUCAUGGAAGACGCUGUAGAACAAAACAUGGCUGUUAAAAAACAUGACAAUCAUAUGAUCAGUAAACUUCAAGCUCAAAUAUCAACCCUAAAGGAAGAAAAAUUCCGACUUGGUAAAGAAAUUCAUCAGCUUAAGAAAGAACAAAAAACGCAAUCAGAAGAAUGGAAACAAUUUCAAGCUGAUUUACAAAUGGCUGUGAUGAUUGCUAAUGACAUGAAAGCAGAAACCCAAGCUGAAGUUGCUCGUCUUCGUGAGGAAAAUCAAAUGUUAGAUGAAAGGAUAACUAAACUUCAAGUUGAAAAUGAACAACUAAGAAGAAGAAGAAAAACAACAUCAUCAAUCAAUUUUCCGGAUCCUGACCGUCGACAAAGAUCAGUGGAAAAAGAGCUAGCUGCACUUAGAGAGAGCUGGGGUGUUACACGCCGCUAUGGUGAACAACAUUCUCCUGGUGUUCAAUCACUCAUCAAAUCCUUUGACAAUCACAUCAUGCAAGUCUCUGAACAACAACAACAAAAAACAUCUCCACCCGGAAGUCCAGGAUCCCCAACCACACCAGAACCUAGGACCAAAAAAGCAGCCAUGUCUUCAGCUGACCAACCCGGUCCUUUUCCAGCAUCACAAUCCAAUUCGUUCCCUCCAUCCCAAAAAUUCAGUCCUUCAAAAUCCCUGGUUAAUCUUGGAAGUGCACAAAAAACGGCUCAAUCGAAUGGAGCUACGAAUAGUCCAGUCAUGGCUGAGGUUGCCCCGAUGCAACGACAUCAUUCUAUGUCAUCAAUACAACAAGAUCCACAGACGGUGCUGUCGAAGAUGGGAAAUGUUCAACAUUCAAGCAAGCCUGGGACUCCUGAUGGCAAAAGAACAAGCAGCAACGCUGAUUUGUCCCAGCUUUCCUCUCUCUUACUCGCACGCGGAGAAAAAAGAACUUCUUCAAACCCUGAUUCGAGGAAACAAUCAUUCGAGUCGAGAAAACCUCUCGCUGGCGGUUUAGAUUUACGCCUCGAUCGUCUUUCACCUUCAAAUGCCCCUUCUUCACCCACUCCAUCAGUUACUGGAUCAGCUGCGACAGCCGAAGGUCGUGACAGUCCUAUUCAUCCUGCUGCAUCAACACCACCAGUACAGAUCAGACGUAGAGUGAUGUCCACACCAGGAGGAGACUCACUUGCAACAUUAGCUCGUCGAUAUGGUGGCUCAAAAAGAAAUGCUCUUCUGAAAUGGUGCCAGGAAAAAACAAAGGGAUAUGCUGGAAUUGACAUCACUAAUUUCAGCAGCAGUUGGAAUGACGGACUUGCUUUCUGUGCUCUCGUUCAUUCUCAUCUUCCUGCACACAUACCAUACGACACUCUUCAUCAACAACUCGUCAAUGCCACAGACAUGAAAACAGUAAAUAUGCUACAAGCCAAAAAUUUUAGACUUGCUUUUGCUGCAGCAGAAAGUGUUGGUAUUGAGCCGUCCCUUACUGUUGAAGAAGUGACAAAUACAGACAGGCCAGAUUGGCAAAGGGUUAUGCGCUAUGUCACUGAAAUUUAUAAAUACUUUGAAAUGUGAGUAAAAAAGACUUCAUCUUAAAAAUAAGUGAAAUAGUUGAAAGCACUUCGAAGAACAGGAAUGCAUGAAUAUGGCGUCAGAUAUUUGUUUCUUCUGUGCGAGAAGUUUAACAUUGCCAUUGUUAUAUGGUCGAAUCGAAUAGAUUCCUCCAAUUCUUUUGUGGCGACAGCUCUUAUUAUAAUACUUGAAACUGGGAUUUUUCCCUGCUUUCAAUAGUUUAAAAACAGGGAUGAUCAGCUGCUUUUAUAUAUUUGCCAAGCUCAUAAAUUUUUGUACCAGCAGCAUAUCUUUUUUAGUACAUCUUACUUAACAACCGAGUGGAAUACUUUUAUACACAGCAGAUUCACAAAACAUUGUUCAAAUCACUAUUUAACUCGGGGGUUAAUUGUUUAGUCCACAUUUAGCAUUUUUUCAGCAUUAUCCUAGUUUAUCCUUUCGUGCUUUAUGGUUGGAUACAGUUUAGAAAUACAACAGGGGCACUGCUUAGCGCCUUUACUCAGCAUCCAUGUUUCCAAUCUAAUGUUUAAUAGCAUCGCUGUAAUUCAUGUUUAUAUGUUGCUAUUCAAAGGUUUGAAAUCCAUAUUCUCUUCUUCUUUUUGCUCUAAAAUUAUUCUUGAUAUCUGCUUUUUCUCUUGAGUUAUAUUGAAAUUUUUUUAAAUCUCCAUCAUACUCGGUCCAUUUCUGAACAUCAAACUUGGUGGAUGUGGCUGCACGUUUUAGGGAAUCUUUACUAAAAUUGAAUCUAUUAUUACAAUCACUGCAAAAUCAACCUAUUUGCACCAAACUAAGGCUGCUUAAUCACUUUACCACUAACAUACAAAAAAAAAAUCAAACCCCGAUUGGUUAUUGCUGGAUUAGGCUUGAUUGACCUUGGGUGGUGUAUAAAUUAUCUUUCUUCAUUCUCGACUCGAUCAUAACAUUACUGUAAUCAUUCAAGUUGUCCCAAAAUGAAUUUUGCACCGUUCAUGCAACGGUUUAUCUAAGCGUUUGAUAUGCGUUUUGCCACUGUUUCUGUUAUACAUGAAAUAGGCGGGUGAAUAUCUUGUGAUGGCGUUAUAACGUGAUCCUAUGACGUCAUCAAAAUAAUCCGAAAUGUUUUUGAUUGCUCUAUAUAUUAUCAUUAUUACUACUAUUUUGUGUUCACACUGUGAUAAAUGUGUCUAUGACGCUCAAAUCGUACAAUAAAUAUACUGAUUCAAGAAAAUA